GGAUGGAUGUCAUGUCAAAAAAAAAAAAAAGCUCGAAUAUGAACAGAAAAAAAGAAAGAAAGCUUGAAUAUGGUCCAUAGAUUCACAGGGUAUCAACUCCCUCCGCUGCUCCUUUCCUCAGCCUUUGUAAAACCCUAAUCCGGCCCUAAAUCUAUUUCAUAAUUCCACUCCGGUUAUUUCGUUCCUUUAAACCAUGGCCUCCUCUGCAAUUCUACACUUGUCGCCCUCACAAAUCUUCACUUCCUCCUUCAGAACCUAUCGACCCUCUCUUUCACUCCAUUCUUACUUUCCCAAAUCCCUCACAGUUAAGGCCUCAACUUCUCUUGAUUAUGAAAAGACAUCCGUUGCUGAUGUAUCAAUGAAGCCAAAUAAUUGGCAAUGGAAAUUCAAGGAUACCUUCAUCAACAUUUAUUAUGAAGAACAUGAGAAGGAAAACACUGUUCCUACUAAGAAUAUUCUUAUGAUACCAACAAUUUCUGACGUUAGCACUGUGGAAGAGUGGAGAUCAGUGGCUAAAGACAUUGUUCAACGAGUUGGCAAAGUUAAUUGGCGGGCUACCAUUGUUGAUUGGCCGGGUCUUGGUUACUCGAACAGGCCGAAGCUGGAUUACAAUGCUGAUGUCAUGGAGAAAUUCUUGGUUGACUUCAUGAAUGAGCCAAAUAGUCCAGUAAGCUGCUUAGACAAUGAUUUAGUGGUCUUUGGCGGAGGGCAUGCUGCUACAUUAACAGUUCGUGCUGCAAAAAAGGGUUUAGUGCAGCCAACUGGCAUUGCUGCUGUUGCACCCACCUGGGCUGGGCCCCUACCUAUUGUGUUUGGUCGAGAUUCUAAGAUGGAAUCAAGGUAUGGGCUUCUUAGGGGAACCCUGAGGGCUCCUGCUCUAGGCUGGAUGAUGUACAAUGUGCUUGUAAGCAACGAGAACGCAAUCCAAUCUCAAUACAAAUCUCACGUGUACGCUAAUCCUGAAAAUGUAACUGCCGACAUCAUUGAGAGCAGGUAUGCUCUUACAAAACGGGAUGGGGCCCGUUACGUGCCUGCCGCUUUCUUGACCGGUCUACUAGACCCUGUGAAGUCACGAGAAGAGUUUGUUGAACUCUUUGGAGGAUUUGAAGGGAGAAUACCAGUGCUAGUUGUGUCUACUUUGGGUGCUCCCAAGAGAUCAAAAGCAGAAAUGGAAGCUCUCAGAGAAGCCAAAGGAGUGAGCAAGUUUGUUGAGGUCCCAGGUGCCCUUCUCCCACAGGAAGAGUACCCAAUUCUUGUCGCAGAGGAACUUUACUGGUUCUUGCAAGAGAAUUUUGAACCAAAGGCUUGAGAAUGAGACCCAGAGAAAAAUUGUAGUUAUCAAAGGAGCAGAGGUAAACGAUCCUUUGCUUAUACAGUUGUACCGGCGGUAAUCAGGUGCUAAUACUUGGUAAUUGUCAUUAUACGAGAGUUCUUCAUUUAGCUUUUUUUGUUCUUUGGUCCGCUAAUAUUUACUUUUUGGAUCAAAGCUUGUACAAGAUGAUACAUCUUUUUACAUACUGUAUAAACCUUUGUCGGUUGAAUCGAAUCCAAAUGAUUAUACUAGUAUAUGAAGUUAAUAAAUUUACUUGAAUCA